AUGACCCUUUCUUCAGCCUCCAAGAAGGACAGAAAGCAUGCUAGAGAAAGUGGCGGCAUCGCCGCGGCCGUGACAAAGCAAACAGCUGGAAAGUUCGCCAGUUUCAAUAACGGCAACGCCAAUAAAGAUAAUACCAACACCAUUCCCAGCAGUGGGGACAACAAGAGCUCAUCUACUUCGGUCGCUUCCACGCCCCCGGUCGAUACACCAGAGAUUAAGCCUUCUGGCACUGACAAUGUCAACCCUGCCGUCUCUCCUAUGCUGGCUGCACUGUCCACGACUCCAGCUUCCGUGAGCACAGCACCGAGUAUGAACAACGACUGGAUUAGGAACGGCAUGGCCGGCUCUCCAGGAAAUCUGAUUAGCAUCAUGGGUGAUUCACCUCCUACUCAACCAUCUUCGUACGAAGACUCGGGUCGACUGCAUCACGGAUGGGCUACUCAGCGUCCUUACAUGAGCCCUUCACCUUCAUCCCUAUCUCCGCCAAAUCACAGCCGACGUCCUUUGAGCUUUCAUAUGGACGCACAAUACCAGUCUCCAGAAACCCCGCCACCAAGUGUUCACUAUCGUCGUAGCUCAGUCGCCUCUCCUUUUGCUGGCUCACGCCUGGGAAAUCAUCCACCACUGCCCCAUCAACCCCAGGCACACUUCUAUGGUGUUCCGGAUAUUGAUCUCAACUUGACAAACAACUCAGGGAUGAAAGCCGGCGAACGUGGUUAUUUCUUUGGCUUCGACAAACUUCCCGAAUGUCCCGAUUUUCCUUUCGGGCCAAGUAACGUCGUCAUCGCAGGAUAUGAGGGCGGUUUGGACGUAUAUGCUGUUGGCAAGAGAGGCCUUGAUCCUGUUGCCAGUCUGAAAGGACUGCGAGGAGGAGUUCAUCAUGCGAAGAUCCUUCCGUGGACGCUCGACAAUGAUAAUAAAUCGCUCUUCCCACUCGUGGCCGUGGUACUGCAUGGCCCCGUCCUACCUUCAGCUACACCCGGUUCGUUUGCGCACGACGACGGACCAAGUCCAAGGGCCGACGGGGCGGCUAGCCCUCGAUCAGUUUUCACCCACCAGGACGGGAUUCAGGGAAAACAGACCAUCGAUGCGUAUCAGACUUCUGUCGAGAUAUACUCGCUCAGGACGAACCAACUUGUCGAUGUGCUGCUUCAAGCGCCAAAGAUAUCAAUAAACCCUGAGAUCUCCGUCACAAACCCAAUCUUUAGACCUCCUCCACCCAGUGGCUCCUUUACAGUACGAGCAGAUUCUGGUACACUUGCAGUAUGCUCAGGCGUUACUGGCGAAUGCUGGGUGUACUUGCAGCUACUGGAAGAUCAAAACGGCCAUGUAUUUACAUGUGUUGGCAAGAUCUGGACCAGUCUCCAGCAGAGCACUCGAGGUGAGGUACCAGAGGAGGCCGAUAAGAUACGACCUUUAGCUGCACCUCCACGCUCAAACCCGCAAACCCCAAUCCUGGCGAUCAGUGGACGAUGGAUUUCUUACUGUCCCGCGACUCCGUCAUCUCAGGUUUCGCUCAGAGCUCAUGUGCCACUCCCUAUAUUGGGCAAGGCGCCUGGACUCUCCACCGUGACGCCACCGCAGCUCCCUUCUGCGUCUGCAUCUGUAGAUCUCCCCAUAUCGGAUAGCGUUGUCAACAAAAUCAUGCGUGAAACCACACAGGAGCUUAUCCAAGGUGCUAAGUGGGUGGGACAGCAAGGUUUGCAGGCUUGGAAUUCCUACUGGAACAAGCCCUCAAACUCCCAGUUGCAGACUCAGCAAGCACGUUCACCUCCUCAGAGCUGGACUGGGACUCUAUCACCGCGUGGCGAACCGACACAAUUCCCUCCGACCCAUGGCCAAUCUGGACAAGCUGUGGUCAAGGAUCCAGGACUUGUAUCAAUCAUCGAUGCCGAGUCACUCUCUGCUUCGUCUUCCAUUCAUCCGAUCACUACGUUCGCACCGCCUUUGGGGUGCAGUUUUCUUUCAUUCUCCCCAUCAUCACUGGCUCUGUUUACAGCAAGCAGCAAGGGAGAUGUUCAGACGGUUUGGGAUCUUUUCCGUAUUCAACAUACCAGAUCAUCCCCUCUGCAGGCCACGGUCACCCCGAACACGAGCACGGGACCCCAGGUUCGCCAGAUCGCCCAGUUCUCACGAAUGACUGUCGCACGUAUUAUCGAUGUUGCUUGGACGCAGGCGCAGGGCGAGCGGUUGGCAAUGGUGACGGAGCGUGGCACUGUGCAUCUUCUUGACAUGCCCACGAGUGCGUUCAUGUGGCCUGCCCCUCGCCGUCGUCAGGCUGUCCAGGAGAGUGGCACUGCGACACCAGAGCCAUCAACCACUGCUGUCUCUUUGGCAACUGGCGCCUUUGGUGCGGCCUACCAAGCGGCGAGACCAUUUGUAUCACGCCCCCGCCGCAGCAGCGGUAAUGUACCCAACAUGGCCGGUAACACGCUGAAAGACUCGGCGGCUAUGGGAGGGCGAGUGAUUGCUGCUAGUAUCAGCAGUUCGCUCGGCAAGACGGGUACUGCGAUCAACCAGCUUCGACAUACUGGUGAGAACCGAGUUUCUCUGCCAUCGAGUUCAACUCUCCCUUCAGCGUGCUGCGUGACUUGGGUCAAAAGCAAAAAACAUCAAGGGCUGUUCGUGGUCGGAAACGGUCUGGUACGCUCAUUCUCUUGUAGAACACGCCGAUCUAGCGUACAGGCUGGCAGGCGGGUGACACGGGCGAGCAGGUACCGCGAUUACAACGUGCCGAUUGUACCCAGCGACUUGGUAGCCCAAGCUGUACGACAGAUGGUAGAUUUGGGAGCUCAAGACGAGAUCCUUGACCUUUCGGAUCGCGAUAUGGAUGCAGGAAAUACUCUGACGCUUAAUGCACGACCUCGCGUGGCAUCGGCGGAUCAUACUAUGGAGUCAUCGAUUCCUCAGGCUGAAAUAGAGUCCAGUGCACCGUAUCAGCCUUUCCACACUGACCGGCGGGUGACUCUCUGCGAGUAUCGGCGAGGCACUGUCGAUCAACUUGAAGUUGUCUCUGCCAUCUUGGCCGAGACCAGUCUCGAAGAAAAUAUGACAAAGAAAAAGAAGAAGAAGGGGCAACCCAUGGAUUCAGGGUCAUCUAGAGAGAUGUCAAACACGACAGCUUGGGCUUUUGGUCAGGAUAUUCCAGUGAUGCGACUGGACUUGGGUCUGGCGACCGUUGUCGAGGAGGAAUACGGUUCCGAAAGUCAUCUUGCUUUGCCACCUUCUGCCAUGGAGCGCGUGAUGCAAUAUGGUGAUGAGGAGCAGAUUGUGGUGACCACACGAAGAAGACGUGGCGCUCAAGGUGGAGGCCAAGGUGAAGAUGGCUUCUUCGAGGAUGAUUGUGAAGUUCUCGACUUUGCAGAUCAGAGAGUCUAA